CGGCGGCGGCAUGGAGGUGGCGGGCGCGUGGCGGGCGCUGCCGGCGCAGCCUAGCCUGGCGGCGCUCACGGCGCUGGGCUACGGGCGGCCGCGGGAGCAGCAGCGCGCGGCGCUGCAGGGGCUGACGCGGGCCCACCUCGACUCCUUCGACCGCGCCGUGGCCGAGGGGCUGCACCGCGCCGUGCAGGCCAUCCCGCCGCUGGAGUUCGCCUUCAAGGAGGAGCGCAUCGCGCUGGCCAUCGUGAGUGCCGUCAUCAGCCCCCCCAUGGUGCCCAAGGCCAGCAUCUGCAAGGAGCUGAAGGUGUACCCGGCCGAGUGCAGGGGGCGCCGAAGCACCUACCGCGGCAAGCUGACUGCUGACAUCAGCUGGUCAGUGAAUGGAAUUCCAAAAGGGAUUAUUAAGCAGCCUUUGGGAUAUGUUCCAAUUAUGGUGAAGUCUAAACUUUGCAAUUUGUAUAAUCUUCCUCCCAGAGCCUUGAUUGAACAUCAUGAGGAAGAAGAGGAGAUGGGAGGCUAUUUUAUAAUAAAUGGUAUAGAAAAAGUUAUUAGAUUGUUGAUUAUGCCUAGGCGAAACUUUCCUAUUGCAAUGGUAAGGCCCAAAUGGAAGAGCAGAGGCCCUGGUUAUACACAGUAUGGUAUAUCUAUGCAUUGUGUCAGAGACGAGCACACUGCAAUAAAUAUGAACCUUCACUAUCUAGAAAAUGGUACGGUCAUGCUGAACUUCAUUUUUCAGAAAGAGCUGUUCUUCUUACCUUUGGGAUUUGCUCUGAAGGCAUUAGUUGGUUUCUCAGAUUUCCAGAUUUUUCAGGAGCUGAUUAAAGGUCGAGAAGGCAAUUCCUUCUAUGAGAGCUGCAUUUCUCAGAUGCUGAGAAUGGUGAUGGAAGAAGGGUGUAUCACUCAGAAACAGGUCCUCAGCUAUCUGGGGAAAUGCUUCAGAGUAAAACUUAACCUUCCUGAGUGGUAUUCAAACGAACAAACAGCCGAAUUUCUUUUGAGUCACUGCAUCUGCAUACACUUAAAAACCAAAGUUGACAAGUUCUACUUACUUUGUCUUAUGACCCGCAAGCUGUUUGCUUUCGCGAAAGAAGAAUGCAUGGAGGAGAAUCCAGACAGCCUCAUGAAUCAGGAGGUGCUCACACCUGGACAGCUUUACCUCAUGUUCCUAAAGGAGAGGAUGGAAGCAUGGUUGCUUUCUAUUAAAUUAGCCUUAAACAAGAGAGCUCAGAAGACCAAUAUAACUAUAAAUUCAGAAAAUUUGAUGAAGCUAUUCAGUAUGGGAAUAGAUGUAACAAGGCCAUUUGAGUAUCUCCUUGCUACUGGUAACCUACGAUCUAAAACAGGUCUAGGCCUGCUUCAAGAUUCAGGUCUGUGCGUUGUAGCAGACAAACUGAAUUUUAUUCGCUACCUCUCCCACUUCCGCUGCGUACACAGAGGUGCUGCAUUUGCCAAGAUGAGAACUACCACAGUGCGCAAACUGCUGCCAGAGUCCUGGGGAUUCCUGUGCCCUGUGCACACACCUGAUGGAGAGCCCUGCGGCCUGAUGAACCAUAUGACAGCUGUCUGUGAAAUAGUGACACAGUCAGCCUCUACACUGUACCUGCCACCUUUGCUGUGCUCAUUGGGUGUUACCCCAGUUGAUGGGACUCCAAGCCAAACUUAUGCAGAGUGUUACCCAGUUGUAGUGGAUGGUUCCUUGGUGGGCUGGGUAGAGAAAGAUUUGGCUCCUGAACUUGCAGAUACCCUUCGGCGCUUUAAGGUGUUGCAAGAAAAGAAAAUUCCAGCAUGGACAGAAGUGGUUCUUGUUCCAAUGACAGGAAAACCAAGUCUAUAUCCAGGAUUAUUCAUCUUUACUACCCCUUGCAGGAUGGUACGGCCUGUGAGAAACUUGGCCUUGGGAAAGGAAGAAUUGAUUGGUACUCUGGAACAGGUCUUCAUGAACAUUGCUGUCCUUGAGGAUGAGAUUAUGCCUGGAGUGACUACCCAUCAAGAGCUCUUUCCUCACAGCAUGCUGAGUGUAGUCGCCAACUUCAUUCCUUUCUCGGAUCAUAACCAGAGUCCAAGAAACAUGUAUCAAUGUCAGAUGGGGAAGCAAACUAUGGGAUUUCCACUUCUUACUUAUCGGGACCGCUCAGAUAAUAAGCUGUACCGACUUCAGACCCCUCAAAGCCCUUUGGUACGGCCAUACAUGUAUGAUUACUAUGACAUGGACAGCUAUCCAGUUGGUACCAAUGCAGUCGUUGCUGUCAUUUCCUACACAGGCUAUGACAUGGAAGAUGCAAUGAUUGUGAGUAAGGCUUCAUGGGAGAGAGGAUUUGCACAUGGAAGUGUUUACAAGACAGAGAGCAUAGACCUCACUGAAAAAAUCAAACAAGGAGAUGACACUCUGGUGUUCGGAAUCAAGGCCAAUAAUCCAAAGGUUAUGCAGAAGUUGGAUGCAGAUGGGCUGCCAUACAUUGGAUCCAUUCUGCAGUACGGGGAUCCUUACUACAGCUACCUUAACCUCAACACAGGGGAGAGUUUCAUCGUUUAUUAUAAGAGUAAGGAAAGCUGCAUUGUGGAUAACAUCAAAGUGUGCAGCAAUGACAGCGGAAGCGGAAAAUUUAAAACUGUUUGCAUCACUGUGAGAAUCCCUCGUAAUCCAACUAUCGGAGACAAAUUUGCCAGCCGACAUGGGCAGAAAGGUAUUUUGAGCAGACUCUGGCCUGUUGAGGAUAUGCCAUUUACAGAGAGUGGAAUGGUUCCUGAUAUUCUCUUCAAUCCUCAUGGCUUUCCAUCCCGAAUGACCAUUGGAAUGUUAAUUGAGAGCAUGGCUGGGAAGUCUGCAGCGCUGCAUGGCCUUUGUCAUGAUGCCACACCCUUCACGUUUUCAGAGAAAAACUCUGCCUUGGAAUAUUUUGGCAGGAUGUUAAAGGCUGCUGGCUACAACUACUAUGGCACAGAGAGGAUGUAUAGUGGGAUCAGCGGGGUGGAGCUGGAGGCAGACAUUUUCAUUGGAGUUGUGUACUAUCAACGCCUGCGCCACAUGGUUUCUGACAAGUUCCAAGUGAGGACAACAGGAGCCAGAGAUAAGGUCACCAACCAGCCCAUAGGUGGAAGAAACGUUCAGGGUGGGAUUCGUUUUGGAGAGAUGGAACGUGAUGCUCUGUUGGCUCAUGGCACGUCCUUCUUGUUGCAUGACCGUCUGUUCAACUGCUCUGAUCGUUCAGUAGCCCACGUCUGUGUGAAGUGUGGGAGCUUGCUUUCACCUUUGUUGGAGAAGCCUCCCCCAUCCUGGUCUGCCACACGAAAUAGGAAAUACUGCUGUACUGUUUGCAACCAGAGUGACACAAUUGACACAGUAUCAGUGCCUUAUGUCUUCCGAUAUUUUGUGGCCGAGUUGGCAGCCAUGAAUAUAAAAGUGAAACUUGAUGUGAAAUAACACUCUGGACAUGAGUAACAAUUCAUGUGCCAUGGGGAAAGCUGAAUUUGCCUAUACUGACCUUUUUAUUUGGAGAAUUUUAAAGGAUUCAUUACUUGAAAUCUUUCAACAUCUCUAAGGCUUAGUAAAUCUAUAUGCUUAAACUGGGAAGGUAAUCUAAAUGAUUUAGAAAAGAGAAAAGAUGUGCAUCCCCCUUACUAGUAAUUUCUAUCACGCAGUCCCUUGUGCUUGCCUUUCAUACUGGCCAAAAGUCUUUUUGGAAAGUCAGAGCAGUCCACACUACUCACUUCAUAUUUAUUGGGCCAGUCUAGGGGUGCUUAACCCCCUAGCCCAUGGGUCUUAUGAGGCCCAUAGGGCUGCCCAUGGGUUUGGAAAUUUGGCGAUGGGAGUGUGGUAGCACCACUUCCCUGCUUCAAAAUUUCCAGACCAGUGGGGAGCCGUGGGCCCUGCAUGCUGGAUUGGGUGUUCGACCCCAGUGCAUGGGGCUUGGCAGAGGCAGUGCUGGGCCCAGGGCGCAAUCCUGACAGGAGUGAGUGAGAGGGCAGUAGGGAUAUGCUUGUGGCUGUACUCUGGUGAUGAAGUCCCAGUCCCAGAGUAAGGGGCAUUGUAAAGCUACUCUGUAUUGGAGAGUGCCUCAGAGAGGCAGCCUCAUUGGGGCUGCUUCUUUGGGCAUGGCAGAGAGACAUCAGCUCUGAUCACUGGAGUGGAGCAAACUGCUGCCUCUGCUCUGUCUGUCUUGCUCUGCUUGCCAGUAAAAAAGGGCAGUGCCACCCUCAGCAUUCAGGCAGUACAGGGAUGGCCAUUUCCUUGUGCUCCUGCACAGGCACUAAGAAUGGAGAGAGCAGGUUUCUUGCUGCCGCCAAAGAUUGCAAGCAGCCUGAGGCCAGCUGCUUCCUGCUGCUUUUGCUUUUCUCACUACAGGCUGUUUUUUUUAAACAGGCUAGUUCUUUUCAUGUAGGAUUAGUCAGGCUCUAGUUCAGGAGUGUCAAACUCAUUCAGCCUUUAAGGCUGGACUGGACCCACAGACCAGCCCCAUAUUCCAGAUCGGGAGUGGGUGCUGCAUGUGGCACAGUCCUGAUCCAACCACUGUUUUGCCCAGCCCUAGAGCCACCACUGCUCUGGGACUGUUAAGCAUUGCCCCAGAUCAACCUAUACAUGCAGCAUGGCCCUGGAGUAGCUGUGUUGCUUGCAGCAGCUGCUCUACCCCUCUAGGAUAUGAGCUAAAGCCAGGCAUCCUGUGCUAUGCACAAGGCCAUCCAGUACACCCCACGUGCUGCCUGUGAGUCUUUCAGACCUGGGGCCAGAUGAUAAAGGUUCUGCAGGCCAGCCAUAUAUUUGACAUCCCUGUUCUAGUUGGUGUCUCUCUUCCUGGUUUUCAGGUGGUAGCUGGUAUAAUGCUGCUGUACAUGGGGGCAAAGUGCUGCGAAGAAUAAUUUUUCUUAAAGCUUUCUUAUCAACGUGUUGUUAUAUUCAUGGCAACCUUAUGCUGUAAAAAUAUAUCAUUUUUAGCUCAUUUAAAAUUUGUGGCAGAAUGUGACCUGGCACCAUUCUCCCUGACAUAGAACCCAUGGCUGCCAUUCUCAAAUAGAAUAACAAAUCGGUUUAAGUGUUAACUAAGGGGACUCAAUCUAUACACACCUGUGUGCACCUGUAAUUUCACUUGUGGGUAGCCCAUGUGACUGCUUACAGGAUCAAGGCCUAAGUAGUUAUUACAGGAAUAGGUCCACAAUUUGUAUUCAGCAUCCGAGCACUGAAUAAUUUGCCAAGUAUUAUUGAGAGUACAAGAAAAAAUACUUAUUUAAAAAAAUCCUUAUUUGCUCCACAGGCCAAUGUAACAUAAAUGCCCCAAUGAAAGAGCUUUUUGUAAACAUUAUUUAAAACAAAUUAAGAUCUGAGAGAAUGUUUUGAAUUGUUUAAGUCAUGGGAGGAUAGUGAAGACUGCUUACUUUGCUGCCGGAGUUUCACUUACUCUUGCUGACAUGAGAAUAAAUAUUUUUUUCUUUUUUAUAUUAAGGAUGGUAGAAACAUUUAUGUAUUAAACAAAUACAAAACUGGCUUGCAGAAUUCAUAUAAAACUAAAAUUGUGCUAAAAUCUGUGAACGCUACCUUAGGAGGUUAUUAACUUGCAAAUAUAUUGUGUUUUCUAGUAAUUAUUAUGACAAGUAAAUUUCCAAAUGGAAAAAAUCA